UCUUUAGUCGUUUGAUACACCAACGUUAGGAAGACGCAAAGAUGUUGGCGCCGGCUUUUAAACAACUCAAACAUUAAAUUUACCAAUUUUUAAAUCGUUAUUAUAGUUAUUUUAAUAAAUAACUAUAUAUAAAUAUUAUUGUUAUAACUACUUCAUACUCGAAUCGAUGGCGCAACGUUGUGGAGAAAAUUUUCGCCUCCGGUAUUAGAACUUAUUGAAUGAUUUCUGUGUGUCGGAUCCACCAAUUCUUACUUUUAAAAAAACUAAGCUAUUUUUACGUAGUUUAAAAAAUAGUGGUUAUAAUAGACAUUAUGAAGAAAUACUACUUUGUGUUCAGUGAAGGGAGCAAAAUCAAUCAGCUAAUAUGUGCUGUUCUAAUAAACUUCCCCGUGUUCUGUUAUGGCUGUAUCAUCGGCUGGAUGUCUCCCAUGUCACUCCUGCUACAGUCAGAAAAUUCACCUAGAGGCAGUCCUUUGACCAUUACAGAGAUAUCAUGGAUGGCUUCCAUUGCGUACAUGGUCGCAGUGAUAUUUGACUUCAUCAUAUCGUACAUGGGAGAAGGCAUUGGGAGGAAGAUAACCUUAAUUUUUUUAUCCCUGUGUACUGCCGGCUGUUGGAUCCUAAAACUAUGUUCGAUGGAAGUGUGGGCUUUCAUUCUGGCACGAGCCUUGGCCGGCGUCACCAUGGCUGGAGUCUACGUCAUCUGUCCGCUAUACACCAAGGAGAUCAGCGAGAACAGCAUUAGGGGCUUCCUUGGGACAUUGAUGAUAUUCUUCCAGACGACCGGCAACCUAUUCCUGUACAUCAUUGGCGACGUCCUGAGCUAUACCACCAUCCUGUGGAUCUGCCUGGCCAUGCCGGCGGUGCACAUGGUGCUGUUCCUGAUGAUGCCAGAGUCUCCGUCUUAUUUGGUGAAGAAUGGCAAAAUUGAUGAAGCAAUAAGGGUGCUGGCGUGGCUGAGAUGCCGUCCUGAAGAGCACGUCUCCUUGAAGGAAGAGCUGGAAGGCAUGAUGAAGGAGCAACGGGCUGAUGCUGAGAGCAGCCAGUUUGCACUCAAAGCUAUAAUACAAGACAAGAUUCUCUUUAGAGCGUUCCGUAUCGCGAUCAUAGUGGCCCUCGCGCGUGAAGUGUGCGGUGCUAUACCAGUACUCAACUUUGCUGGGGAAAUCUUCUCUUUGUCUGCUGAAGGGGGAGGGGGCUUGGGCCUCUUGACCCCUAAUCAACAGGCAAUGAUGCUUGGAGCUGUUCAAGUGUGUGGUGCUAUGUUGGCAUCUAGCAUGGUUGAAAUCGCUGGUCGCAAGCCACUUUUCGUCGUAACGGCCAUUGUGUCAGGGCUCACCAUGUGCCUCCUAGCGUCCUGGUUCCUGACGAGGGAGUUCGGUGUAGCCCUGCCAUCCUGGAUUCCCGUCACCACUCUCUGCUUAACCAUUUUCUGCGACUCUGCUGGUAUCCAGCCUGUGUGUAUGGUCAUCAUUAGCGAAAUGUUCUCUUUUAAGUAUCGAGGAACAGUCUUGGCAGCAUCUAUGACGCUAGCUUCAAUAGCUUCUUUCUUACAAAUGCUGUUCUUCAAGCCACUAGCAAAUGCCAUUGGCAUUCACGUAUCUUUCUACUUCUUCGCAGCGGUGUGUCUACUAGCUGCCCUUUAUGUUAUCCUGGUAUUCCCAGAAACUAAACUCAGAUCUGUAGAGGAGAUACAGAACGAUUUGAAGACGAAAAAGGAGAAGAAAGCUGAAUUAGAGAUGAGAAGUGCGAAAGAGAUAGAAACAGAAAAAGAGAAUGAAAAAGUGUAGUGUAGAAAAUAUAACUUGGAAGUAAA